AGCGCCGCGCCUGGGACGCAAAGGAUGGCCGCGGCGGUGGAGGAGGCAAUGGAGAGCUACGUGUAUCCCUCCUACAACCCCUAUGCUUCCUACCGCUACCCGGCGCCCAAGGGGAAAGGGCCGGCGCCCUGGAGGCAGCGGGGCGGCUACUUCUCGGGCUACGGCGAAAGCGCGGCGGUGGCUGCCGCGGCGGCGGCCGAGUACUUCGACAACUACCAGCGGGCGCAGCUGAAGGCCAUCCUGUCGCAGGUGAACCCCAACCUGACGCCCCGCUUGCGCAAGGCCAACACCAAGGAGAUGGGCGUGCAGGUCAACCCGCGCCAGGACGCCGCCGUGCAGUGCUCGCUGGGGCCCCGGCCCCUCCUCCUGCGCCGCCGAGGCCCCCCAGCCGCCGCCGGCGCGCCCCCCGAGGCCGGCCAGCAGGGCAGCAGCCCCGUCAGCCACGUGGCCGCCCGCGCCCUCCGCUUCCCGCGCACCAUCGCCGUCUACUCGCCCGUCGCCUCCCGCCGCCUCACCACCUUCCUCGAGGAGCCCGAGCCCUCCGAGGCGCUCCCGGAGGAGGACCAGGCGCCGCCCGCAGCCCCCCGCCCCACCGGCGACAAGCCCCCCGCCAGCAGCCCCACCGCGCCGCAGGAACAGCAGCCCCCGAAGGAGGAGGGAAAGGAGGAGCCGCGCCCCGACGGCGCGCCCGAGAAGGCCUGCAAGGAGCAGGAGAAGCGCGACGCCGAGGCCGCCAAAAAGGAGGAGGAGGAGGAGGAGGGAGAGGCUGAGCAGAAUAAGACCCGCGUGCGCUUCCAGUUCCUAGAGCAGAAAUACGGCUACUACCACUGCAAGGAUUGCAACGUCCGCUGGGAGAGUGCCUACGUGUGGUGCGUUCAGGGCACAAACAAGGUUUAUUUCCGGCAGUUCUGCCGAACUUGCCAGAAAUCAUACAAUCCCUACCGUGUGGAGGAUAUCACCUGCCAAAGCUGCAAGCAGAAACGGUGCACUUGCCCUGUGAAACUACGUCACGUUGAUCCCAAGAAACCUCACCGCCAGGACCUCUGUGGAAGAUGCAAAGGCAAACGUCUCUCGUGCGAUAGUACAUUUAGUUUCAAAUAUAUUAUUUGAGCAGGGGAUUUUUUUUUGGGGGGGGGGAGUGCAUGGAAGAAUUCUGAAUAUGAAAAUGCCAGGAGCAGAGAUUUUGUUUGAAAGUUGCAGGCUGUAGUAAUGGAUGGCUUGCUGGUAAAGCUGUAGUAAAGCGACUGCAAAUCAUAAUGCAACCUAACGUCUACCUCAUCUGUUAAUUGUAUUAAGAAUGGGAAGGAAUCUACUUGGUAUUCUGGGACAAAAUAAGACUCCUUAUUGUAUCAAGGCUUUGAAAAGCAAAUCCAGCAGUUUUUGUUUUGGGAAAGGAGCUUAGUUAAAUUAGUCCUAUCCUAUGGUAUAGAGAAUGUGCAGCAGUUUUCUGCAUGUUAGUUUUUAUGGAGACGUUUUUUUCUUUGCAAUCUAGCACACCCUAAAUGGUCCAAUACUGGGAACAGGAAUGAAAUUUUCAUUGACAGUCUUCCUAAUUAGGCAGAUGAAGUCAUGGGAAUCUUGAUUUAUUUGUGGAAAUGCUAAAUCUGAAGCCUUAAAUGUGGUUGAUACGGAAAGGGAGGAGUAACCGUGAAUUGUCUAAUGUUUGAAACCAGGGGUGCAGCUAUGCCACCUUGUGAACAGCUGUGUAGUAAUGGAGCACAGGUGUUUGAGGGGUGUUGGAUAAAGUGUUCCUGAGCCAGCAGAUUGGAUUAGAGUUGGAUGUGUAACUGUGGGUUACCAUUAAGCAUAAAUAGGUAUGUUAUACAUUAUCUCAGAAGCUGACCGAUUGAUAGUUGAAGAAAUUGUUUACUUGUUGGUAAGUGCUAGGAUAAGUCUGAUGCAUCUAUGUCUCCAGAUGUUAACUUUUUUUGUCCUGAGCCAUGAUGGUGAAUGUCAGUCUUGAAGUUCUUGAUAAACUCGUACCUGAUAGCUAAAUAAAGUGAUCGUGCCUGUA